GCGCAUCGUCAGCAUCAGUUUGAAGUCAAAUCUGACAGCCGCUGCCUUGCUCGCUCCUUUUUACCAUCUCUUCCACUCAUUGGUGGUCAUCCCGUCUCGUUUGAGAGGUACAGUCCCGGAUUAGUGAGCUAAACUUUAUCCGGGACUGUGGGAGCGCGUCUGCUCGCUGCCUUCAACUUGGGGUGAAGAAAGACACGGGAAACUCCUCGGGAUUCUCCGUACACCGAGCACUGAUCCGGAUAUUCUGUUUGACGUGUUGAAGUGCUUCUUAAGGAGAAUUCUGGGGAGAUUUCUUACUCUUUCAUUCCUCAAAGAUGAAGCAGCACAGUGGACCUGUUUACUAAAGCAGCUCCCACUCUUAAACUUCAUGUUCCAGGAUGAACCAUGAGCAAAGGUUGUGAGGGCCUGUUUCUAUCGUCCUGUUGUACAGUGAGGCAGUGAGCUCACGGUGGAUACAGCAUGCAUGUGUCGACAUAUCCCAUGAUGCACUCUGCCAGUCCAGGCCUGCUCCUCCUCAGCUUCCUCUUCCUCGCUGAUGCUGACUCACCCCCAAGAUUCACACGAACCCCAGAAGACCAAACAGGAGUCCAGGGGGGAGUAGCGUCCUUUGUGUGCCAGGCCACCGGGGAUCCACAGCCCAAGAUCGUCUGGAACAAGAAAGGCAAAAAAGUCAGCAACCAGAGAUUUGAGGUGAUAGAGUUUGACGAUGGGUCCGGCUCGGUCCUGAGGAUCCAGCCGCUGAGGACCCCCAGAGACGAGGCUGUUUACGAAUGUCACGCCUCCAACUCAGCGGGAGAGAUAACUGCUUCCACCAGACUAAGUGUGCUUCGAGAGGACCAGCUGCCCUCGGGGUUCCCCACCAUAGAUAUGGGUCCCCAGCUGAAAGUGGUCGAGCGUUCUCGGACCGCCACCAUGCUUUGUGCUGCUAGCGGCAACCCUGACCCGGAAAUUACCUGGUUCAAGGAUUUCUUGCCGGUCAACACAUCCAAUAACAACGGACGAAUCAAGCAGCUCCGCUCAGAGUCCUUUGGUGCGCUCCAGAUAGAGAUGAGUGAAGAGUCGGACCAGGGGAAGUAUGAGUGUGUUGCCACCAACAGCGAUGGGACACGCUAUUCCACCCCGGCUAAUCUGUAUGUCAGAGUACGUCGCGUCCCCCCUCGCUUCUCCAUACCCCCGGCAGACAGUGAGAUCAUGCCGGGGGGGAACGUCAACAUCACCUGUGUGGCGGUGGGCUCUCCUAUGCCGUACGUGAAGUGGAUGCUGGGAGCCGAAGAUCUGACGCCCGAGGAUGACAUGCCCAUCGGUCGCAACGUCCUCGAACUGACCGACGUCCGCCAGUCCAACAAUUACACUUGUGUCGCCAUGUCAACGCUUGGCGUGAUUGAGGCGGUGGCGCAGAUCAUCGUGAAAGCUCUUCCGAAGGCUCCUGGCACCCCAGUGGUGACGGAGAGAACUGCAACAAGCAUUACUCUCACCUGGGACUCUGGGAACCCCGAACCUGUCUCCUACUAUAUCAUACAGCACCGUGCCAAAGGCUCUGAGGACCCCUAUAAAGAGAUUGAUGGCAUCGCCACGACGCGCUACAGCGUGGGCGGCCUCAGCCCUUACUCCCACUAUGACUUCCGGGUGGCAGCUGUUAACACCAUUGGCCAGGGCCCCUCCAGCGAGGUGGUUGAGGCUCGCACAGCCGAGCAGGCCCCCUCCUCACCUCCCCGACAGGUCAGAGGUCGUAUGCUGAGCACCACAACAGCAAUCAUCCACUGGGACGAGCCGGAGGAACCUAACGGACAAGUUGUGGGCUACAGAGUCUACUACACCUCAGACAACACGCUGCCAGUCAACCAGUGGGAGAAGCAGAUGGUGCGCAGCGCCAACUUCAUCACCAUCCAGGGUUUGACUCCCAACAAGACUUAUUAUAUCAGAGUGUUGGCCUUCACCUCCGUAGGAGACGGUCCUCUGUCCCAGGACCUGCAGAUCAUAGCCAAGACUGGAGUUCCAUCCCAACCUUCAGAAUUUAAGGGUGAGGCCAAGUCUGAGACCAGUAUCCUGUUGUCCUGGGUGGCCCCACCCCAGGGCGGCCCCGACAACCAGAUCACAGGAUAUGAGCUGGUUUACCGACGAGCUGACGAAACAGAGGAGAAGAAAGUGAGCUUUGAGCCGACCACUUCCUACCUGUUGAAGAACCUGAAGCCUUUCUCCACCUACACCUUCCAGCUGGCUGCCAGGAGCAAACAUGGAAUUGGUGCAUAUACCAACGAAGUGUCCAUCGACACGCCACAGACGCUUCCUUCAGCACCUCCCCAGGACAUCACGUGCACCAGUCCCAGUUCUACCAGCAUCCUGGUAAGUUGGGCACCACCUCCUCUGGAGUUUCAGAACGGCAUCAUUACAGGAUACUCCAUCCAGUACUCCACCACCGAGGGCAACAAAACGUCAAAAAGAAUUGAUGGAAUUCAUCCGGAAAGUUCUCCGUAUCUCUUGGAAAACCUAGAGAAAUGGACUGAGUAUGGCAUAACGGUCCGGGCGCAGACGGAAGCCGGAGACGGACCGGAAAGUUUACAGCUGCUUAUCCGCACCGAGGAAGAUGUUCCAAGUGGUCCUCCGCGAGGGGUGGAGGCGGAGACUGUGAACGCCUCGGCCAUUAGGGUGAAAUGGCGAGCACCGGCACCCGAACGGCAGCACGGUCAGAUCCGAGGCUACCAAGUCCACUAUGUGAGGAUGAACUACGGCGAGCCUCAGGGUCAACCCUUCAUCAAGGACAUCCUCAUAGAGGACUCACAGUGGGAAUAUGAUGAUUCGACUGAAUAUGAGGUAGUUCUUGGAGAUCUGAAGGCAGACACUUCCUACUCUGUAUCAGUAGGGGCUUACACCGCCAAGGGCGAUGGUGCUCGUAGCAAAGCUGUUUCUGUCUGCACCGCCCUACCGUUGCCUGAGAAGCCCAAACUGAUGGUGAGUGCAACUGAUUCAGGCACAGCUGUGCUUCAGUGGUACCCGCCUCCCAACCCACCCACCCCACUUCUGGGUUACCGCCUCACCUUCGGCCGCGUUGAUGUCCUUCCCUUUACGGUGGUGGAGUUCCCCACCAAGGAGAACCGCUACACCGCCCAGGACAUCCACAAGGGAGCCAACUACGUAUUCAGACUCUCUUCCCGUAAUAAGAUGGGCUAUGGAGAGGAGGCAGUGAAGGAGGUGACUACUCCAGAAGAUGCCCCAAGUGGAUACCCAGAAAAUAUUAUCUCAGAGGAGGCUUCUGCCAGCUCCCUCCGGCUGGCAUGGAAAUCAGUCCCACUAAUUGAGCAAAAUGGGAAAAUCGUGAAGUACUCAGUGCUGUACAAAGAUAUAAACAGUCGAGGAAAUGCUUCGGAAGUUGUGGUGCCCGCUCCAGGGUCGAGUGUUUUGUUGGAGGCUCUGAGUGCCGAUACUGUGUAUGAUGUCAGGGUGUGCGCGUUCACAGCUGUCGGCCCCGGGCCGUACAGCCCCAGUGUCCAGUUUAGGACGCAGCGGCUGGACCAAGUUUUUGCCACCAACUUCAGAGUAAAGGCUGCUAUGAAGAACUCUGUUCUGCUGUCCUGGGAGAUCCGAGACAAGAACCCCGCCCAGCCUUUCACUAUUCUGUAUGGAAAGGGCCAGUCUGUGGAGGUGGACGGGAAGCAGACUCAGAAGCUGAUCACCGGCUUGGAGCCUGACACCCAGUACUCCUUUCUGCUCACUAACCGGGCCAACAGCGCCGGGGGCCUGCAGCACCGUGUCACCGCCACCACCGCCCCAGACAUCCUGAAAACCAAACCCACCGUGGUGGGAAAGACUAACGCUGACGGCAUGGUGACUGUGCAGCUGCCGUCUGUGCAGACCACAGCUAAAGUCAGGGGUUACUAUGUGGUGGUCGUACCACUGAAGAAGCAGCGAGGAGGAAAGUUCCUGAAUCCGUGGGAGGAGCCUGACCAGAUGAACCUGGAUGAGCUCCUGAAAGAGAUCAACCGGACCAGCGUCAGUCGCGCCCUUCGCAUCCGCAGACAGGCUGGCCAAUCAGAUCCCAGGGCUUAUGUGACCGCUCACUUUAAAACCCUCCCCCUGGAGUUCACGCUCGGCGACGGGCGGAACUACGGAGACUUCCGCAACCGUCCGCUCCAGAACGGACAGGAAUACGUGUUCUUUGUGCUGGCGCUGCUCGACCUCUCUGAGAAUACCAUGUUCGCCACCAGCCCUUAUUCUGACCCCGUGACCUCAUCGGAUGUGGAUCCUCAGCCAAUCGUUGACGAGGAGGAGGGGCUGCUGUGGGUGGUCGGGCCUGUGCUGGCUGUCAUCUUCAUCGUCUGCAUUGUGAUUGCCAUUCUCCUCUUCAAGAGCAAACCUGACAGGAAAAGGGCUGAAGCAGAGGGCAGGAAGGGCAGUUUUCCCUGCAGCAAAGCCAUGUCGUCACACCAUCCCACUGAUCCCGUGGAGCUACGCAGAAUCAACUUCCAGACUCCAGGCAUGGCGAGUCACCCGCCCGUCCCCAUCUCCGAGCUGGCAGAUCACAUUGAGCGCCUCAAGGCGAACGACAAUCUCAAGUUCUCUCAAGAGUACGAGUCUGUCGACCCCGGUCAGCAGUUCACAUGGGAGAACUCCAACUUGGAGGUCAACAAACCAAAGAACCGCUACGCUAACGUCAUUGCCUAUGAUCACUCCAGGGUUAUACUCUCCAGUAUUGAGGGUGUCCCCGGCAGUGACUACAUCAACGCUAACUAUAUCGAUGGCUACCGCCGUCAGAAUGCCUAUAUCGCCACUCAGGGCUCCCUCCCUGAGACCUUCGGGGACUUCUGGAGGAUGGUCUGGGAGCAGCAUACAGCCAACAUCAUCAUGAUGACCAAGCUGGAAGAGAAGUCACGGGUGAAGUGUGAUCAGUACUGGCCGACGAGGGGCACGGAGACCUACGGCCUCAUCCAGGUCACUCUGCUCGACACGGUGGAGCUGGCCACCUACUCUGUCAGGACUUUCGCUCUUUACAAGAGCGGUUCCAAUGAGAAGCGUGAGGUUCGUCACUUCCAGUUCACGGCCUGGCCAGACCACGGGGUGCCUGAACAUCCCACCCCCUUCCUGGCCUUCCUGCGCAGGGUCAAGGCCUGCAACCCCCCUGACGCAGGACCCAUGGUCGUCCAUUGCAGUGCUGGAGUGGGCCGCACAGGCUGCUUCAUCGUGAUCGACGCCAUGACGGAGCGAAUCAAGCACGAGAAGACCAUCGACAUCUACGGCCAUGUCACGCUGAUGCGCUCCCAGAGGAACUACAUGGUCCAGACGGAGGACCAGUACAUUUUCAUCCACGAUGCGCUGCUGGAGGCCGUGACCUGCGGGAACACCGAGGUCCCCGCCAGGAACCUGUACUCCUACAUCCAAAGGCUGACGCAGAUUGAACCUGGAGAGAAUGUCACCGGCAUGGAGCUGGAGUUCAAGCGUCUGGCCAGUGCCAAGGCCCACACAUCGCGGUUCGUGAGUGCCAACCUGCCGUGCAACAAGUUCAAGAACCGGCUGGUGAAUAUCAUGCCCUAUGAGACCACUCGUGUGUGUCUGCAGCCAAUCAGAGGAGUGGAGGGAUCUGACUAUAUCAACGCCAGCUUCAUUGAUGGAUACAGGCAGCAGAAGGCCUACAUAGCAACCCAAGGCCCACUGGCUGAGACCACAGAGGACUACUGGAGGAUGUUAUGGGAACACAACUCCACCAUAGUUGUCAUGCUAACCAAACUGAGAGAAAUGGGACGGGAGAAGUGUCACCAGUACUGGCCUGCAGAGCGCUCAGCCAGGUACCAGUACUUUGUGGUGGAUCCAAUGGCCGAGUACAACAUGCCCCAGUACAUCCUCCGAGAGUUCAAAGUCACCGACGCCAGGGAUGGCCAAUCACGGACAGUUCGCCAAUUCCAGUUCACUGAUUGGCCAGAACAAGGAGUGCCAAAGUCAGGGGAGGGAUUCAUUGAUUUCAUUGGUCAAGUGCACAAAACUAAAGAACAGUUUGGCCAGGAUGGGCCAAUUACUGUGCAUUGCAGUGCUGGAGUUGGGAGAACUGGUGUGUUCAUCACCCUGAGCAUCGUGCUGGAGAGGAUGAGGUACGAGGGAGUGGUGGACAUCUUCCAGACCGUCAAGAUGCUGCGCACCCAGAGACCUGCCACCGUUCAAACAGAGGACCAGUACCAGUUCUGCUACCGGGCCAGUCUGGAGUACCUGGGAAGCUUUGAUCACUAUGCAACAUAAACCCAGUGGCCGUCUCUCACACCACAUCCUACCUAGUGCACUUUUCUUAGGUUCGCAUGCAGCCUGAAUAAAUGCACUAGGCUGCGAUGUGUCUCUGAAGAUAUCGCCACCACAUGCAGAGUGAAGGGGGACCAUCGGCUUAUCCCGUACCCAGAAACAGCACCUCUAACUGAGCCAUAGCAACCUGCUUGACAAGGGUGUUUCCUUCCACCCUCAGCCCAAACACACCCAUUGGUCAGUCUGGAGAAGCAACUUCAACCACUGUUCCAAUCAGAAUACUUGAUCAAAAAUAGAUUUUAUUUGUUUAAGUGCUUUUGUGAGCACCCAGAUUGCUUUACAUUGUUUGGGUGUGGAACUCUCACCUCGUCCACCACCAGUGUAGCAUCACCAACCUAAAUACAGGACCCGGCUACAGUAUUUAGCUGUCACAGGACAUUUUGAUUUUUCUAUCUUUAGACUGUCUAGAAAGGAGUCUACAAAUCCAUCAUAUGGAAGCCUCGUGGACUGAAAGAACUGGGACUUUUGAGCACCAGAGAUUUUGCCAACAGGAGACUGAAAACACAGAGCACACAGUAUUAAAGACAAAGAACACACAUUCAAAUGAGAAAGACACCGACAAGUGUUUUUUUUUUCUGUUUUGUUUUGGAAACAGACUCUCGUUUCCUGUGAAUGAAAAAGAAGGUAUUUCUACCAUACAGUAAUAAAAACCACCAGUUCAACCUUAUGCUUCACAAUUUAGGAUAAGGGAAAUUUGAGAGAACUUAAAAUGCAUACCACAAAGUCAAACAUUCAUUUAGUUUUUUAGAAAAGUAUCUAUGUGACUAUCUUGUUUUUUAAAACUGGGUAUUCCUUAUGGCACGUUCACUCUUUUUUUUUUUGACUUUGUCUCCACUGACCAUACACAGGCAAAAAGUUGUGGUUUCUUUUUUUUUGUUUGGUUGGUUGUUUGUUUUUGUUUUGGGUUUUUUUUUUUUUUUGAGUAAUCCAAUGAGCUGUAGCGAUUUGUUUUUAAAGUGAUGCGGUACUGUUUUAAAGUGUACAAUCAAAUCUGUUGUGGGAAAUGUUCACAGUUCUAUGAAAAAAAAACGCCACCAUUGAGUGUCACUCUCCUGUAUUCUCUACCCACUCUCGUUUCUUAAAAACACAAACACACCCGCAUGCACACAGGACUCUCAACCUCAUUUCUAUCUGGCCUACCACGUCAGAGACUCGAGGACGGCCAUUUUUUGCAUUUCAAGGGGCCACAGAGGUACACAGUAUUAACCCCGCUGCUAUCGGAUAGUCCCCAGAAUAACCCCGCCAAGUUGUUCAUGUGCAAGUUGAGCAAAAAGCCACAUAGAUCACAACUACAGAGAGUAUGCACAGAAAGCAAAAUAGUAUUUAUGUGUCCAAAUAAGCUUCACAAAGAUUUCUCAAGCAGGGAGCGAGAAAGGGAUGUAGAAAAGCAAAGCAAAAGGAACGAUUCUCUCACUGGAAUGCUCACCUCUGACUUUUCUCUCUGUCUGAUUCAGUGUGCAAUAAGUAGAUGUAUGAUAUAUUUUUGUGUCAAGUCACUAACUGCAAUUAUAUGCCAUUAUGAUGAUGAUGAUGAUAUUGAUGAUGGUGCAUCAUUUUCCAGACACAAGGAUGUUACAAUUGAUAUGGUUCCCGCCACCGUUAAAUGUGUCCAAACAGAGGAAUGACCUCUGACCUCCUAGGAAGUAGAUCUUUUAUCAUGCCACAGUUCUAGUAGAUGAUGUCAUCCCUCUGUGUGUCACGGCAACCAACGAAUGAUCGAACUCAUAUUUCAACAGCAUCUAAUAAGUAUUUUGAUUUUAGAUUUCUAGUGCCUUAUAUUACACGCCUAUUUUGAUAAAGUUACUUUAAAGGGUUUUUUGUGUAUUUUAUGUAUGUAUGCUUGUAUGUAUGUGAAUUGAAUGUCUGUGUAUAUUAUUUUAUCAUGUUACAGUAUGUGAAAGUAUCUCGUGCAUUCUGUUUUUGGCAGUGAAAUUUUGUAUGGACGGCUCUGUGUAGGCUGAAUAGUUGUACUCAUCACUUUCAAACCCAGCAACAACAUCAUCAUAUCUCUUUUAAUCAAAAAAAAAAAAAAUCUUAUCAUACCUGAAACUCAACUACAGACAAAAAAAAUGUGGUUUCAAAAUAGGUUAUUAGCUGGAUGCUCUGAUCAUUUUGAACAGAAAAAAAAAAGUUUCUAUGUCGACAGCUUUCCGUCUUUUCUUCCUGGGACACUUGCACAAGCUUUGUGUAUAUACUCUUUCAUGGAGACUUCAGUUUGCCUGCCAUGAAAUUUUGGCCACUUUCACAACUUUGGCGCCGACUGUGAGCUGGCUCAGACAAGUCAUACUUACUCAGCUAUGUAGAAAUCUAUAUAAAGCUGAACAGCAGUGGCUUUCUGUGUCAGUUUGAAGAAAAAGCAAAGUAACGAACCGUAUGGAUAUGGAAACAUAUCCCACCUGAAGCCCUUCAACUACAAUCAGUCAAACUGGUCAUCCGUGUUUUGAUGUUCAUCAUCCUGUUCUGAUGUCUACAGUUAUAUAUUUUUUCCUUUAAUGACAAAGGCUGAGAGAAGUUCAGGUGCUACGUCUCCAACGACACAGAACCUGCAUCAUCUUUUUUUUUUUUGUAUCACCAUUAACGCUUGACCAUAUAAGGGAUUGUUGACAGUUUUCCACCAUCUUACAGUAACCCUGUUGUCGUUUUUUUGUAUGCAUGGUACCACUUUUGAGAUGCCCCCUUGGUCGCACCUGUUAUGGGAAGACUUGCACUUUCUCUCUUUGUACUAUGCACUAAUACUAGUAUCCUAUUAUCUCUGAAAGCCCCGCCCCCAAAAGAAGUUUUACUUGAACUCAGUACAGAUGGACCCUGUAAUGCUCACAUGGUUGUGUAUAUGUAAAUAACACAAAACACUGAGAGUAAUUGAAAUUCAUAAAUAAAUAAAUGAAGGAUUAAGGUAAAGAGUGAAUAAAAAUCUAUCAGAUAUACAGAGUGAUAUAAUAAAAGGAUGCACCUGAAAUCACAGUUUAUGGCACCGCAGUAAGUGCAAUACAUCACAUUGUGGAUUUGUUGUACCACAAAAGAGAAGUUUCACAAAAAAAGUGUUCUAUUUUACCCCCAAUGUAUCAUGUAGAUGGAUAAAACUGGAGUUUAUAAAUUGUAUAAAAAUGAAAAUAUGGUGUGUUACUUGGAUCAGUUACCUCCAAUUGGUCUGUAAAUGUAAACUUUUUUUUUUUGGUUUGUUUUCUGCUCCGAGUCAACAAGUGCUUUUUAUUUUCUUACAUUGGUUCUCGGAGCGCGUGAAAACCGAAAAACAGGACUGUAUGGAUUUCUGUUCUUUGUCGACACAAGUUUCAUUUGUUACAAAUAAACUCAAGUGAAAUAA